AUGAUAGAUUCUACUAAAGGAAUUUCUGAAUUAUGGGUUACAAGACAAAGACUAGAGGAUCUUUACAAAAAAAUCCUCCUGAUGGAUUUAGAAUAUGCACUGGAUAAGAAAGUGGAACAAGAUUUAUGGAAUCAUGCAUUUAAGAAUCAGAUAAAUGUUCUACAAUCACAGGCUAAAGAUAAGCUGAAUGUAAAACGUGGUGAGAGUCAAGCCAGUUUAAAUCUAUUUCUUGAGAAUGCUAGUGGAUUUUAUUUACAAUUUCUACAAUUAGUGUGUACCACCUUUAAAUUGGAUCUACCUUUUAGGAGAAAAUCAGCUGCUUUUGGUGUUAUGAAAGAAAAAUGUCCACUGAAAACAAAGAUAAAUUCACCAACUAAAAAUUCUUGCUAUUAUAUUUGUCAACAUUGUUUGGUACACUUGGGAGAUAUAGGUAUGUAUUAUAAUUUUAUAAAUAUUUUAUAUGUUGAUAAAUUUUGGUUCUUCUAA